AUGGCGACUUUCGAUAUCCCAAAGACCCACAAGGCGCUUGUAUAUGACAAGCCGGGGGAACUCUCUACCAAGGUUGUAGAGCUCGAGACCCCAGAACCGAAAGCGGGUGAAGUGCUGGUCAAAAUUACUCAUUCUGGAGUAUGCCAUUCGGACUUGAGUUUAAUGUUGAAUUCGUGGAAAUUCUUGCCUGAACCCGUUAAGGCUGGGCAGGUUGGUGGCCAUGAGGGAGUCGGAGUUAUCGUUAAACGGGGUCCUUCCUGCGAGCAUGCCGAAGUCAACGUGGGGGACCGCGUAGGCAUAAAAUGGAUUGCUUCCGCUUGUGGCAACUGUGCGCCCUGUAUGGCUGGCGCAGAUGGAAUAUGUGAGAAACAAGAGGUUUCCGGAUACACCUGUCCCGGCACUUUUCAGGAAUAUGUUCUGGCUCCCGCUCACUAUGUUACCCCCAUCCCGGAUGGACUUGCUAGUGAUGCUGUGGCACCAUUAUUAUGCGGUGGUGUUACGGCAUACGCCGCUCUCAAGAAAACCCGUGCCCAGCCAGGAGACUGGGUUGUUGUUGCCGGGGCUGGCGGUGGCUUGGGGCAUCUGGCAUUGCAGUUUGGUAGCCGGGGAAUGGGAUUCAGGAUGAUAGCUUUAGAUAUGGGCUCCAAGGAAGCUCUGGCAAAGAGCUGUGGUGCGGAGGUAUUCAUUGACAUAUCCAAACACUCCUCCAAUGACGGAGGACGCGGAAUUACAGAGGAGAUCCUGGCAGCGACUGGUGGCCGCGGAGCUUCAGCCGCUGUCAUCUGCAGUGCCAGUAAUGCGGCAUAUGCUCAUGCGCUUGAAGGUUUGAAGUUUAAUGGCACGUUGGUUUGUGUGGGUGUGCCGACUGGGGAUUUGACUCCCAUCGCCACUGCUUAUCCACAUCUGAUGGUCUCGAAACAGCUGGCAAUCGUUGGCAGCACCGUGGGUAAUCGCAGAGACGCUAUCGAAACGCUCGAUAUGGCAAAGCGAGGAGUUGUCGGGACCCAUUUCCGGACUGAGAAGCUGGAAAAUGUUAACAGCGUCUUUCAAGAGAUGAAAGCCGGCACACUACAAGGCAGGGUAGUUGUUGACUUACAAAGCUGUCAUUAA